AAAAUUUGUAUAUAAGUUAUUUGCGACUGCAAAUUUACUCAUAUAUAUUAGUGAAGCUUUCGAUACAAGUUUAAUAUAAUAUUUUAUAUAAUUGUUGUGAUCCGAUAUUAUCAAAAAGUAUUAGGCUGCGAACACGUUUUAAAAUGCGGUUAAAAAUACGUCUUAUUCACAUUUGCAUAAGGCAUAAGUGCACCAGUAUUAAGACAGAUACACGAUAUCUUAAAAAAAUUGUCAAAAAAAGAUUCAUUUUACAUAACAAAAAGUUGGAAAAUUGUAAAGUUAGUAGUAGUAUUGCCUCAACCUCUAAUAAUGUAACUAUUAAUACCAUUGAGUCUCCUUACGAUCAAAGUAAUUCCAACUUCUCACUAUUAUCUUCAAAUAAAGAAGAUCCAGAUAUAUCUAAGAAAUAUUAUGUUGCAAAUGAACCUAAAAUACCUGACAAUUUUGAACAAGCAUUUUUACUUCCCUUUAUGAAAUCAAAUUCUUCAUCGCAAAGUGCAAAUAAUGAUUAUAAUAACGAAUAUAAGGAAGAUAUACAAGAGGAAAGUACAAACCAAACUAUAAAUAACAAUAACAAUGACAGUAUCAAUAACAUUACUAGAUUUAAUGAAAUUAAUAUGCAAAUGCUUUCUAAACCACUGCAUGAGCAUUUGUUUAAUAAAAGUGAAAAUCAUGUACGUCUUUCUCAAGAAGCAAUAGAAAGUAUAAAAAAGAAUUUACAUAAUUACGGAAUAAAUACAGAAGAAGUAAAAGCAAUACCAGACGUUGAUAUACGUUUACCUCCUUUGAAAGGAAAGGACUUGGAAGAACAUUUUUAUAAUAUUGCUAUAGAACAAACUGCACCUUAUCUAAAGAUUAUAAAUAACAUUAUUACAAAGAUACCUGAAAUACCUUCAAAGUGGUUGUUGCAGAAAGGUUGGACUAGAUAUACUAGUGAUGGUGCAGAAAGUGUAAAUUAUCCUUUAGAAGAUGGAAUGAUUUUAGAUGUAGAGGUUUGUGUAAAAGAAGGUCCAUUACCAACAAUAGCUACAGCUGUUACUGAAAAAGCAUGGUAUGGAUGGGUUUCGCCAAUUCUUAUAGAAAAUGUAAAAGGUAAUUUUGGUACUAAUUAUUUUACUCCAAAUAUGUUGAUUCCUGUAGAAAGUGAUGCAGAUGAAUGUGGUAUAAAAUUAAAUAAUUUUCAUAAAAAACCAAAGAUUAUUAUAGGCCAUAAUGUUUCAUAUGAUAGAGCAAGAAUAAAAGAACAAUAUUGGUUAAAUUCUACUGGAACACGUUUUGUAGAUACAAUGUCAUUACAUGUAUGUAUUAGUGGACUUAAUAGUUAUCAGAGAGCAAUUCUAAAAAGUGAAAAACAAAAUAGUUCUACUGAGAAAUGGUUGAACUAUACUUCAACAAACAGUUUGAGUGAAGUACAUAAACUUUAUUGCGGAGAAUAUAUCAGCAAAGAACAAAGAAAUAUAUUUGUAGAAGGAACUUUAGAUGACAUAAAAAAACAAUUUAAUGAUUUAAUGUCUUAUUGUGCUUCUGAUGUACAAGCUACACACAAUGUCUUUUGUAAAUUAUUUCCAAUCUUUCAAGAAAGAUUUCCACACCCUGUUACAUUUAGUGGAAUAUUAGAGCUUAGUUGUACAUAUCUUCCAGUGAAUUCCAAUUGGCAAAGAUAUUUAGAAGAAGCAGAGUCUACUUAUGAAGAUUUAAAUUAUGAAUCUAAGGUUAUACUCACUAAAAGAGCAAAUACUGUUUGUAAAUUAAUGCAUAAUGAAAAAUAUAAAGAAGAUUUAUGGAUGUGGGAUCAAGAUUGGAGUACUCAAAAUAUUAAGAUGAAAGCUUCUUUGUCCAAUAUAAAGCUACAAGAAAGAAAAAAGGAAGAAAAUAAUAAUAAAGAAAUUAAUGAUGUAAGUUUAAAGCCAUAUUCAGAAGAUGAGGAUGAAGAGGAGGAUCCCUUGCAAAAAGAAUUUUCUUAUCUAGAAGAAACAAAAUAUUUGUUACCAGUUAAAAUACCAUAUAUGGCUGGAUAUCCUGCUUGGUACAGAAAACUUUGUCCUAAAAAAACUGAAAAUGAGGAUGAGAAUUGGGAACCUGGACCACAACAUAUAAGUACUUCUAUGCAGAUUACUCCAAAACUUUUAAACUUAACAUGGGAAAAUUAUCCUUUGCAUUAUAUUAAGGAACAUGGUUGGGGUAUAUUAGUACCAUAUAAUAAUGAUCUGGAUAUUGAAACUAAAUUACCUCUAAAACAACUAUUAAAUCAAUGUCCAUUAUCAAAAUCAACUAAUCAUGAAGGUUCUACAGAUGAUACAAUGUUAAUACUAGAUAAAGAAGUAGAAAAAGAUAUUUACAAAACAGAAUUUUGGAGGAACAAGAAAAAAAGUACAACAGAUUAUAAUACAAAGUACAAAGGUACUGGAAUUUGGUGCGAUAUUAUUUUAGAUAAUUGUUGUUAUUUCUUCAAAUUACCACAUAAAGAUGGUAUUAACUUCAAUGUUGGUAAUCCCUUGGCUAAAGAUUUUUUAAACAAGUUUUCAGAUAAUGUACUUGCUGGAUUAGAUUCAAGUGCUACACAAAUUUUAAAAAUAGCAAGAAAAAUAUCUUAUUGGAGAAACAACAGAGAUAGGAUCAUGUCCCAACUUGUUGUCUGGUUUGAAAAGCAUUGUUUGCCAAGUAGUUUAAAGAAAUACAACACACAAUUUGGUGCAAUAGUUCCACAAGUAGUUGUCUGUGGAACAUUAACAAGACGAGCAGUAGAACCCACAUGGAUGACUGCUUCUAAUGCACACGUCGAGCGUAUAGGUUCUGAAUUACGAUCCAUGGUACAAGCUCCACCAGGAUAUAACAUAGUUGGUGCUGAUGUUGACAGUCAAGAAUUAUGGAUUGCAUCAAUUAUUGGAGAUGCAUAUUAUAAGAAAUUGCAUGGAGCAACACCUUUUGGAUGGAUGACUUUAAUAGGCAACAAAUCAAAUGGAACAGAUAUGCAUAGUGUUACUGCAAAAGCUGUAGGAAUAUCUAGAGAUCAUGCAAAAAUUAUCAAUUAUGCAAGAAUUUAUGGUGCUGGACAAAAGUUUGCUGAAAGGUUGUUAAAACAGUUUAAUCCUACAAUGAAAGAAAGUGAUGCUGCUUUUAAAUCUCGAAAAAUGUUUGCUUUGACAAAGGGUAAAAAAAUAUAUACAUUGAAAUCUGAAUAUAUUAAUGAAGAUUUUGAAGAUAAACAAUAUACAUCAUUUGAAGCAAUGAAGAUAGCAAAAGCUUUUCAAAAAUCACUUAUGGAAAUGUUUAACAAAAGUAAAUGGAUUGAUGGUUCAGAAUCAGCAAUGUUUAAUAGACUUGAAGAAAUAGCUUGUAGUCCUACUCCUGUAACGCCAUUUUUAAAUUGUAGGCUUAGUCGAGCAUUAGAAUGUGAUGAAGAAAAAUAUUUACCAACUAAAAUUAAUUGGGUAGUACAAAGUGGUGCAGUUGAUUUUCUACAUUUAAUGUUAGUUUCAAUGAGAUGGUUGAUGCAAGAUAAUGUAAGGUUUUGUCUUUCUUUUCAUGACGAAGUAAGAUAUUUAGUUCCAUCGCGGUACAAAUACAAUGCUGCUCUCGCAAUGCACAUAACAAAUCUUAUGACAAGAUCUUUCUGUGCUUUGAGGCUUGGUAUGAACGAUUUACCGAUGUCAGUAGCUUUUUUUGCAUCUGUAGAAGUAGAUACGGUUCUUCGAAAAGAAUCGAUUCAAGAUUGUAAAACACCAUCAAAUCCUCAUGGACUUGAACAUGGAUAUGGUAUUCCUGUUGGAGAAAGUUUAGACAUAUAUGCAGCAUUGAAAAAAUCUGGUGGAUCUUUAGGAUCGUGGCAUCGAAUAAAACUCGCCAUUUAUAGAUUAUCAGAUUGAAAAUGUCAAAAACAACGAAACGUAAACAUGUUGCGAAGGAAGUGGAGGAUUUAAGUAUUCCAACA